AGAAGGCAGCUGUGUAAACAGUCCCGUGUAAAGGCAGAGAUACAGAAGAUGCCUCAAAGACAGCUCACCACUGCUUGUCAACUAUUGAUGACAUUAGGUAUACUCUUUUCUCAAUGCCCUGCAGGGAGAGCAAGCUGUAAUGAAAAUAGCCAGCUAGCAAGGUUUAAAAAUGCAGCAACACUAACAAUGCCAGGAGCAGAUAUCAGUGCAUUAUCAAUAGUCACUGGGCAGUCAGUUCAGUUGCAAUGUCAGAGUAAAUGUGGGAGUCUACAGUGGCUAUUAGACGGAGGAAACAUCAACAACCAACAAGAGAACACUCACCAAACAGUGUACAUGGCAAACUGUCAGGGACAGAGCGAGUGUAGGGACAGAAACUUUAUAUUCUGCGACGAAAAUCAGAGCCUGAUAGACCUAGGGCCCCUGACCAGUAACCUCACGAUAACAUUCCGUUCUCCAGGAGUACAUGUCCUGCAAUGUGAAGGAAUGCUGCAGGGACUAAGCUAUGGAACACUGGGACGGUUCCAUUAUCACAGCAGAGUGGUCCUGAUAAAUGUGACAAAGAACAACACGGAAGGAGAAGACCUGGCCUCCGCUACAACAGAGCCCAGUCACACAGAAGCCGUUGAACCAUCAGCAACAGCAGCAAGAGGAGCAAGAGCUUCUUCGGCUGACACAAUCAUAUCAGAUCCUCUUCCUUCUUUCUCUAACAUUCAAAAAACUACAGCAAUGUGCAUUCCAUCUAUCACUACAGUAUCACAUUGUCCUUUAAACACUAACUCAAUAAUGAGCACUACUCCAGCUGUUUCAACUACUGUUACUACUACACAUUCCUUCCUUUCUUCUUGUUCAGUGACUAUCACAACUACCCAAUCCUCUGCAGUGUCAUCGUGCAGUGCUACAAUAGGAGGUGGUAUCAAUGUAGUCGGUGACAGGCUAAUAAACAAAGACCCAACCUCUCUAGCAAUGACAGGAACAAUCGGACUAUUACUAAUACUAACAGUCAUUGGGUGGGUAGCGUGUUUGAUUGCAACGUGUAAAAUAAAAAGGACGAAAGGAGGAAGAGGUGUAUACCGCGUCCAUAACUUCCCAAUUAUAAACCAGGACGACGAGAACGGGACCAUAAAGAGCACUACAUGUGAAACAAGGAGAACUCUGGCCCAGCCCAACCGUUAUACCACAGUACACCUCCGAUCGUCGCACGAGAGCGUCAGGUCUAUGCAUAAAAGCAUGACCCCACCUGCUUUACUCCAAACUCCACCCAGGGAGUCGGUCCUCAGACAGGGGAGUGUGGAGGCAUACACUGUCAAUGUUAACAAAGAAAGGGAGCCAAUUCAGAAGAGGGAGAGCUUAUUAUAAAGAUGUACAAUAAACGCUAUAGACAUACAAUAUACUAGCUGGCUUCGUUGAUCACAACAUUGUGUAUAAUGUUUACAUGUUAUCUUAGUAUAUUUCAGUAUAUUUUAGUAUAUUACCUGUACGUCAUUAUUUGUAAUUAGUACAUGUUGCGUCAUUAUGAUGUUUUGUUAUCACUUUUUACAUAAUAUA